AUGACUUUAAUUCGAACUUUUUCAUACUCAAUUGAAGAAGAUGUGCACUUGUGUCACAAGUAUCUUGACAUUUCUCAAAAUCCAAUCAUAGGAAUUAACCAAUCCAAAGAUCAGAUGUGGGCAAGAGUUGAAUUAGCAUAUCACUCUGUACAGUUUAGUAGUCAACCUCGACCGAGAAGAUCUUUGCAAACUCGAAUGACGACCAUUCUUGCGGCAGUUUCAAAAUUGAGGGGAUGCUUAAAUCAAGAUAAUAUGCUAUCAGCACAAGAUCCAAAGUACAGAAGAGGGUUCAAAUUUGAUCAUGUGUGGUCUAUUCUUAAAGAUUGUGAGAAAUUUACAAAUGACAACACCAAUUCACCAGCUAGAUUCCAACAACAAGGUCGUAGUUUCAAUUCCCCUCAAUCUUGUUCUUCUGGCUUCGAAUCACCGACAUCGGCACCCACCGGUAUGAGUUCAUUUGAUCUUAAUUUGAAUGAUGAGGAAGUUCCUAUUAAUUUAUCUGAAAGACCUAUCGGUGUGAAAAAAGCAAAAAGAAAAUAA